AGACAAAGAGUUUUUCUCAGUUUCUCUCUAUCUCUACAGACAACGAAAGAAGUUUGAAACAGAGAUCGAUGGUAGCUCUUAAGACAAUGCAAGCUCUGAUCUUCCUUGGUCUAUUGGCCACGUCCUGUAUGGCUCAAGCUCCGGCUCCAGCACCCAUCAUGGUUCUCCCACCGGUAGAGUCUCCCUCUCCUCCUCCUGCUAUUACACCAACCGCUGAGCCACCUUCUCCGGUACCGGUUGCUUCACCACCGGUUAUGAUUCCCGAGCCAACUCCAGCUCCGGCGACUCCUCCCACCGUCUCACCACCGACUAAGUCUCCCAAAACUUCCCCUGUCGCUUCUCCCCCGAAACCAGAAGCUAUGGCUCCAGGCCCAUCAGGCCCAACACCAUCACCAGCUCCGGCUCCUGAAGGACCAAUCCCUGAUUCAGCAUUAACUAACAAAGCUUUCCUUGUGAGCACUGUCAUUGCCGGAGCCUUGUACGCUGUCGUUUUGGCUUAAGAGAGCCCUGAGUAUAUCCUUCUCUAUUUAUCAUUUGGUUGUUCUUGUCAUCAUUUGAAGAUUUUUUCUCUGUUGCUCUAAUGCAGUUUGUGUUCCUUCCUCUUUGUUGGUGUUAAUGUUUUCUUUUUCUCCCCUUUAUAACACUAAUGGACCAUGGGAUUAA